CUCGUUUUGUAUUUCACAGCAGUACUUUUCGGACACUGAUCAGUGUGAUGUCUAUACUUCGAGUAGCUACGAAAUGGUUUAUUGUUAGUUUUUAAUGAAAUUUAACUGCAUGCAUCACGUGUCACAAAGCGAGCUACUCAAUCACUAAUUUGAUGAACAAUAUUGUAUGGAACAUAAAACAAUCAAGCAGCGCAAUGGCUGUUAGCAGAAAGUUGUGCAAAAAUAAAACCUAUAUCAACCACAAUUCUAUAAAUGGACUACUUUUAAUUGUAUAUACAAUUGCUUUAAUGUUUCCAAUGGAUGGUAGCACAUUUGAUACUGAAUCAAAUAAAAUAAGGUGCUCAGAUUCAAUGACGUGCGCCAAAUGUACAAUCAAACCAAUGUGUGUAUGGUCCCUUGAACGACAGGUGUGUGAAAACGACGAGUACCAUGCAUUAAAUACGUCACGUUUAAUAGUAUCUAGAAUCAAGGAAUGCCCGCAGUUAUUGGUUACUAAAAAAUAUCAAUAUAUUGAUAAUAAAAUUAAUGUAACUUACACAGUUAGGAUAACAAAUGAUGUAGUAGAUUUCAUACAUUAUCUUGAUAUGGGCACAGACAUUUAUUACAAUAUGCCCCAUUUUAAUAUGUAUAAACCGGUGAGGAUAGUUAAUAAAACUGACAUAUUGUGCUCAUUCCGACUACCAAAUAAAAGCAAAACUACGCUAACUUUUUUUUGGUAUAUUAGCUUAUCUAUGAUUAUGUUGCGGUUUGACAACGUUGUUGAUAACUAUGAUACGGUUUAUGGACUCGAAGAAUGUGCCAUCGACGAGAAGUAUAAAUCCUGUGCUACAUGUGGAUGGAAUAAAAACGGGGACUUGAACUACUUGAAAUUGUGUUCCUCCAAAAACACCUGUAAAAGUAACAAGAAUAUAUACAUGAAAAAUCAGGAAAAAAAAAAGGUAGCGUACGUGUCGAAUAAUUGUGCUGAAAUAAAUGUAACGGCAGUCGAUCCACUGUGUGGCCCGAAAACUGGUGGGACGACCGUAACGAUCACAGUUAGGAACCACGGGAUAUUCAUGGAGAGCGGAUCUUUAAAGGUAAUGGUGGCUGGAGCUUUGUGCACGGAUCCCAAGACUUCUGGACCAGAGACUUUUACUUGUACCACAUCACAAUCCAACAAAACAUUGUCCGGUCCGAUUCUGGUCGAGUACUCAUCGAUCGAAAACGUACUGAAGAUUGAGUCAUCUCAUAUAUUCCAGUUUUCAGAAAUUGAAAUUUCAACAGAAUUGUUGUCGAAGACCCUGGACAAUAAAUCGCCGACACAUAUUGUUGAUCCUUUCAAUGUUCCAGUUCCCAAAUAUCCAUCCAUACUUCCUGGCUCAAAGAAAACCAAUUGCUCAGAUUCAAUGACGUGUAUCAAAUGUACAAUCGAUCCUAUGUGUGUAUGGUCCUUUGAACAACAAGCUUGUAAAAACUUGCCUCAAUACACAACGUUACCUUUAAGGACCUUUAAAAAAUUGGAAUGUCCCCGGUUUUCAGUAAUUAAAGAAUAUUAUUAUGGUGAAUCAAAUGUAACCUUGAAAUACAUUGUUAAAGUAUCCAAUUAUUCGAAAUUUUUCAGAAAUCAUCUUAACGGCAUUAUACUUUAUAACAGAUUUCCAACAUAUUGCAAAUAUCUAACUAAAGAGUUUAAAACAAAUCAAGAAAUGAUAAUAUCAUGUGAAUUUUAUGUAAAGAAAUCUAUUUUUGAUAAAAAUAAUCCAUCGUUCACUUUUUUUACUUUUAUUAGUUUUAAUGGUGUAAUGCUGCGGUUUGAUAACAUCUCUGAUCACUAUGUCACUUUUUAUAAACAAAAAGAGUGCGCUAAUGACGAGAAGCACAAAGCAUGUGCGACUUGUGCAUGGAAUGAUGACGGGUACUUGAACUAUUUGAGAUUGUGUUCUUCCAACCUCACUUGUCAGGUUGAUAGGAAUUUAUACAUGAAGAACAAUGGUAAAGAACAAUUAAACUUUCAAUUGGCGUACUUAACGAAUGACUGUGUGGAAAUAAACGUAGCUGCAGUCGAUCCGCUGUCCGGGCCGGAAACUGGUGGAACAACUGUAAUGAUCACAGUUAGAAACCACAGGAUUUUAGCGGAGAAUCGAACUGUUAUAGUGACGAUAGCUGGAACGAUGUGCUUGAAUUCCAGAACUUCUGGACUCGAGACUAUAACUUGCACUACGUCACAAUCGGUUGGAACACCAUCCGGUCCGAUUCUGGUCGAAUACUCGUCGACUGAAAACGUACUGAAAAUCGAGUCGUCUCAGAUAUUCCAGUUUUGUCCCAAUCCCGUACUAGAUGUGGACCAACAACUUCACGGCAUAGCAUCUGGUGGCAAUUCUGUCCCGGUCCAUGGUGGUCAUUUUGUUGAACAUAGCAUUACAUUUCUCGCCCGACUGUAUGUUGACCUGCCUGACGGUGUAAGACGGUAUGCAGACAGUAAUUGCGAUCCACCCGUCAACGACACGUACAUGGUCUGUCGAUCGCCUAGAGUAAACGGGGUUGGUGGGGAUGGAUAUUCGUCGGUUGUGAAACGGUCACUGAAUUUUGGACUGGAUAUCACUUUCAGUAAGGACGUUUUCUCUGUGAAUCAGAUGCUUCCAAUCGCGGUUCGUGGCCCAUUGCUUAGAUAUUAUGUGCAACCCGAUCCGGUUCUCUUAGACUUUGAAAUAGACAAAAGUGGUUCAGUAACCAUCACUGGCGACAACUUGCAGCACGUUCGGCCCGAAGAUAUCGUGAUACGGUUCGUAGAUUCGCAGCAUUCAUGUUGCGUAGUCGUGUUGGUAACGCGACACAGUUUGGUGUGUGAAACCACCAUGUCCGUUAUUGAGCCACAAGUGAUUUCCAUCACAUUGGGUAAUUCGUUGGUAUUCACUUUGCUCAGGAGAUGGUCGACUCCACCUGACAACCCGUCCGUAUUUCGUGGUUGGUUCUUCUUGAUUAUGUCCACGGUGCUUUUGUUUGUCGGCGCCUUCACUUGUAGACUAAAAAUGAAACAUCGGUAUAACAGGAUUGAAACAAGAUCGCAGGACCUAGAAGUACACACCGCAUUGUAAUUAAAAACCGUAUUAGUGGUAGUAUAUAUUUGCUGGUUGUUAUGAUAAAUAUAUUAAUUGCACUAUAUAACUCGAGGUUUUUACACGUUAUUGUACAUUAAUUAUACACACUUUAAAAAAAUAAAAACAUAAUAUGGUGAUGAUUAAAUUAAAAAAUUAUUA